UCUUGCUUCAUUUUUCAAUUGUGAUUUUCUUGGCCCCAACUUCUCGGACGGCAGCGAAGAGCAAACGCGACCCACACGCGACCACACAACACAACCCAUGGAGGCGUCGCUGACCGCCGCCGCCGCCGCCGCCGUCUCGUCGCCUCCGCCGCGAGCCCGCCUCCGAAUCAUCAGACCGAACCCACCCCUGACCCCUCGGCAGCUCCAAUUCGGCCCCUCCAAGAUCCGGACCUCCGGUUCCCGGGCCCACCUGGCCGCGGCCUCCGCAUCCACCCCGUCGGCGGCGGGAGGCGGCCUGUACUCUGCGGCGAUCUACGAGCUGACGGCGGAUAACGUCGAUCGAGUCCUGGACGACGUGCGCCCCUACCUCAUCGCCGACGGCGGCGACGUCACCGUCGUGUCCGUCGAGGACGGCGUCAUCUCCCUCAAGCUCGAAGGAGCGUGCGGCAGCUGCCCCAGCUCGACGACGACGAUGAAGAUGGGCAUCGAGCGCGUGCUCAAGGAGAAGUUCGGCGACGCCGUCAAGGACAUCCGCCAGGUGUUCGACGGGGACGAGGCGCCGGCGGAUACUACGCCCGAGGCGGUGAACCGGCACCUGGACAUACUGCGGCCGGCGAUCGCGAACUACGGCGGGAGCGUGGAGGUGCUGGCCGUCGACGGCGAGGACUGCCUGGUGAAGUACGACGGGCCGGAGUCCAUCGGGAGCGGGAUUAAGGCGGCCAUCAAGGAGAAAUUCCCGGACAUCACCAAUGUUGUGUUCACCCAGUAGAACACUUUCUAGGUAUGCAGUACGCAGUCGACAGGUCACAGCAAAUUAGAAGAUGAAAUUGUCAAGGGAAAUGCUGUGCGUUUACAACUCGAGAACAACCAUGCAUGUACACCAUUUGAUGUAUUUAUGAGCUUCCAAGUUAAGCGUGAUACUUGUAAUUUGCACAAAAAGUUAUUCUAAACUUGUAUCGAAAUGCAACCACGUUGGAUGGUUCUGUCUCA